UCCACAACGAUGAUUUAAUAUUUUUCAAACACCUUUCCCUCCCCUAGGGAUUCUUUGCCCUGCCGCGAAGCCACCAACAUCAGAAGAGAAUGGAGAUCGGAGAAAGCAACCAAAGGUUCCCCAAAUCUCCGAGCGUUUUAAACCCGCGGAACCCCAUCGUCUUCGAUCCCGGCGGCCUCCGCUCCACUCCACCGAUCACCAUGUGGCGCGCAGCCGCCUCCCGCCUCCGCCUAGGCGCGCCGUCGCCCCCGGCACCGGCCGGCCCGCUGCGCCGCCUCUUCUCGCCGCGGCCGGCGGGGGCGGGGGCGGGGAAGAGGGUGGCGGUGGAGCCGCCGGUGACGGCGGUGGAGGCGCGGCGGCUGGUGCGGCUGGUGGCGGUGGAGGCGCUGAAGCGGCGGCUGGUGGCGGGGCGGGAGGCGGUUGGGUACGGGGAGCUCCUGGAGGCGUGCGUGGAGGCCGGCGCGGCGCGGACGCUCGGCGAGGCGGAGGCGCUCGCGCGCGCCAUGGACGACGCCGGCGUCCUCCUGCUCUUCCGGGACAAGGCCUACCUCCACCCGGACAAGGUUGUGGAUCUGGUUAGAAGAGCCGUGCCGCUUGCACUGGAACUAGAGGAUGACCCAAGGAAAGAAGAGUUCAAGCAGAUGCAGGAAAAGAAGGAAGAUAUCGACAAGGUCGCGCACAAGCAGGUCCGGUGCAUCCUUUGGUCCGGCCUAGGGUUCUUCAUGUCCCAAAUCGGCCUCUUCUUCCGCCUCACAUUCUGGGAGCUCUCGUGGGACGUGAUGGAGCCGGUCGCGUUCUUCACGACCACGUCCGGGCUGCUUGUCAGCUACACCUAUUUCCUGGUGACGUCGAGGGACCCGACUUACCAGGACUUCAUGGAGAGGCUCUUCUUGUCGAGGAGGAGAAAGCUUUGCGCCAAGCAUAGGUUUGAUAUGGAGAGGUACCUGGAGUUGCAGAAGCAUUGCAAGUGUCCCCUGGAAGGUCAUUAUUCUCAUGGUAUCUAGCCUUCAUGACUUGUAGCACCAGAACUUGAAUUUCUCACUUGCGCUGUCACAGUUUGUAGAAUAGUCACCCUUAACCUUACUUUUACAGAAAAAGAUAUAUUACCAGCUACCAAAGUGUUCUUUACAGAAAGCCACAAAUCACCUCACAGAUUAUGCUUAGAGCCUUACUGAAGAUAAAUGUAAAUGACAUGCCAUUGUCAUUAUGUCAUUAUGGCUUUCUACCUUUGGAAUUUAAAGCUGAUAUAGCUCCAUGUGUAAUGUGUUCUUAUCCAUAUCAAAUUUAUGAUGUA